UGUUCAAUAUGAAAAUUUGAAAUUUACAUAGUUCUAUUUCUGACAAGACUGUCACUCACAUCAUCAUAUCACUCUACUCUAUUUACAAAUUUCAAAACUGGUAAUCUUUGUGUAUCUGCUUCCAAGUUCCAACUCAAUACAAAAUGGAUUCUCCCCCGUCACUAUUGUUGCUUCUCCUCAUCACACUCUCCAUUUUGCAUCCUUCAUCUCAAUCUCAAAUGCUACUAUUACCCCUAACACACUCACUCUCCAAAACCCAAUUCAACACCACCCACCACCUCCUCAAAUCAACCACCACUCAUUCUACGUCACGCUUCCACCACCAUCACCAACUCUCUCUCCCACUCUCCCCAGGCACCGACUACACUCUCUCCAUCAACCUCAAACCCCACUCCCAUCCCAUAACUCUCUUCAUGGACACAGGAUCCGACCUUGUCUGGUUCCCGUGUUCCCCUUUCAACUGCAUACUCUGCGAAUUCAAACCCAACCCUUCCCCUUCUUCUUCACCCACCAACAUCUCCCAAAGUGUCGCUGUUUCAUGCAACUCCAAUGCAUGCUCCGCAGCACAUAACUCUCUCCCUUCCUCCGAUCUCUGCGCAAUGGCUCGUUGCUCUUUAGAUUCUAUUGAAACCAAAGAUUGCGGUUCUUUUCACUGUCCACCGUUUUACUAUGCUUACGGUGAUGGAAGCUUAAUCGCUCGUCUCUAUCGUGAUACUCUUAUUCUUUCUUCGCUUGAACUGAAAAACUUUACUUUCGGUUGUGCUCACACUACUUUCUCUGAACCCACCGGCGUUGCUGGGUUUGGUCGUGGAUUGCUUUCUCUUCCUGCUCAGUUAGCAACUCACGCUCCUCAACUUGGGAAUCGUUUCUCUUAUUGUUUAGUUUCUCAUUCUUUUCGUUAUGAGCGAGUUAGAAAACUGAGUCCACUCAUUCUGGGUCGUUACGAUGAUGAAAAACAGAGGAAUAAUGGUGAAAAGGUUGAGUUUGUUUACACGUCUAUGCUUGAGAAUCCAAAGCAUCCUUAUCUUUAUUGUGUUGGGUUGAAAGGAAUUUCCAUAGGAAAAAAGAUGAUUCACGCGCCGGAGAUUUUGAGGAGGGUGAAUCGAAGGGGUGAUGGUGGUGUUGCUGUGGAUUCCGGCACGACUUUCACGAUGUUGCCGGCGAGAUUUUAUGGUGCGGUAAUGGCGGAGUUUGACCGUCGUGUUGGGAGAGUUCACCGGCGAGCUCGUGGAGUUGAGGAGAAAACGGGAUUGGCGCCGUGUUAUAAUUUGGAUGCGGCUGCGGAAGUGCCGGCGAUGAGGCUACGUUUUGUUGGGGGGAAUUCGAGUGUGGUGCUACCUAGGAAGAAUUAUUUUUAUGAGUUUUUGGACGGUGAAGAUGGAGUGAGGAGGAAAAGAAGAGUUGGAUGUUUGAUGUUGAUGAACGGUGGAGAUGAGGAGGAACUGAGAGGUGGGCCCGGGGCGAUCCUUGGGAAUUAUCAGCAGCAGGGAUUUGAAGUUGAGUAUGAUUUGGAAAAGAAGCGCGUGGGAUUUGCAAGGAGAAAGUGCGCGUCGCUUUGGGACCAGCUCAACCGCGACAAAAACUAAGCGUAUAUCCUCACUCACUACAAACAAGUACAUGCACAGUUUCAAUCACGGGUCGGGUGUAAAUAAAUCGGGUUAUGGUUCAUACGGGUGAUUUUUGUUGUUUUUUGGUGUAAAUUUUGUUAGAAGUGUAUAUGUAGUGUACUUCAUUUAUUUUUUUAGUAAAAAUGCAGUGUAGUGUACAUGAUAGGAAAAGGAAAUAUCUAUGCUGCACUUCAUUUUUUUUUUAUUCUAUUUCAACUUAUAUUACCCCACUUAUGCCAUUGCGACAUGAUAGAAAUCGCCAAAUUUUUAAUGAGGCUGUAUAUUAUGCGUGGAGUUGUUGUUUA